UAAAGGAUUUGUUUAAAAAAUAUUCCAUUUAUUCUAUUUUUCGUUUGCUGUUGUAUCAACUUUAAAAACUCUUUUUGGGACAUUAGUUGAAUAAAAAUGGAAGUGUAUGAAUUUGAUAAAUGUCUCUUAAAUCGACUUGAGGAAUCAAUGGACGUUUUGAGUUGGAAAGACGGUGUUAUCCCAGCUUCUAGAGUGCGCCUAGAAUGGUCAUACUACAUAGAGCUUCAAAUAGAACCAGUUGGAUGGCAAGCAUUAUGGAAAAUUCCCCGAGUAAUUUGCGAAGAGCUGAAUCUUCGCUAUCCAACAGUAGUAUUCGGGAUGGUGGAGCAAGUGCUAUUCAAGGAACUUAAAGCAAUAAUUGUCAUCUUAGCAGUGCAAGAUGAGGAUGUGCACCUACCUGAAAGACAAGAAGUUAACCUUGAGGACUUGUGGCCAACCAGAAUACAAGAAAACUCAGAGUUAAAUAUUGAAAGGACGGCUGAUUGCAUUGACCGUUUAAGAUUCUUCUAUAGCCACGUCUGGAUGCCUUGGGAUAAUGAUAACGAUGAUGACAUGAAUUGGGUAGAAAAGCAUCUGGAGUCAAGAAUCCGAUUUUGCUAUGAUUUAAAAAAGAAAAGUAUGAAACGCUCUAUGGCUGCUCAUAUAAAAACUCUAUUGACUGAAGCUAGGUAUAUUCAACAAAGACGAGAGUAUUUAGAGAUCGGCUUGAGUGAUGAUGAGGAACUAGAUCAAACCCUCGAUAAGACACAAAUUACGGAUUUGAUGCGAUUACAUCUUAGGUUGACUAUAAUAAGGAGUGAAAUUGAAAUGCUAGAGAAUCCAGAAAUGCGAAAGAUCUAUGAAGAAAUUAAGUUCGAUGACGAUAAAUCUUUGAAGCGUGCUCUGGACGAAAAGUUGGACAAACGGAAACCUAUUGCUUACAUUGUCACCGACCCAUUCACAUUCGAAAAACAAAUGCAAUUUAUGUUGUUGGCUGGGAAAUUUGUUGGAGAACAGAAACUUAUUCAAAUGUGUCCAUCCUUGCAGGAUGUUCUUAACAUUUGUAACGCAUCAGAUGAUAUAUAUCUUCCCCCGGGACGACACAGUAUUAAAUUUCUUGAAUACUUGAAUGAUGAUGGAAAGAUAAUUGGAUUGAAUAGUUCCUCUGUUUUUGCGGCCACAGAUACAAACGACGACGAAGUAGUCAUCAUGUCCCCUGAUGACGAUUCAAUCCUGCUUAUUUUUGAUGGCGAUUUUACUCUAACAAAUAUUACUCUAGAUUGCCGCAAUAUUCGUUCGGGGAUUUUGGUAAAAAAUGGUAAAGUCUCACUUAAUAACUGCAAAAUCACAGGCGAUGGCAAAUCAUCAACACAGCAGGGAAUCAUGUGCUCUGGAAGUUCUCAGAUAUUCCUGCAAGACUGUGUACUUGAAAAUUUCUCCAACGGAAUAGUAGCAUGCGAUUCGACUGCAGUGACUUUGUCAAAUUGUAAAAUAAAUAACUGCCGAAUAGGAAUCGAUGUUAGUAGUACAUCAACUCUUCACUUCAAGCAAUGUAAAAUCGCGAACUCUAAAAAAUGUGGUAUCUAUUUUGAAUCUAAAGCCUUAAAUAAUAAAGCCGAAGGUAAAAGGAUUUUGCUUAACUCUAUAGCAGAUUUAUCACAGUAUAUUUGUGGAGCGAUGCCAUGGUUCGGUGAAUGUGAGUUUAUAGAUUGUCGUUCGAAUAUUUUUAUUCUGAAUGAAAAAGAAAACGGAUUCCCAAAAGCUCUUGAAUGCAUUCUUGCCGAAAGCAACGAUCGUGAUAAAGGUGCUGGUGCACGGAAACGACUAGAUGAUUCGGAUGUUAUAGUACUGGAUGAUUCUCUUGUUGAGAUUAAUUACGACACAGAGUAGCCUUUUUCUUUUUUUUAAUUCCUAUGUUAAUGAUUUUGAUAAGUCUUUCUUUUUAAUAAAUAUAUGUAAGUAUGUAUUUAAACAGAGUUUUAUUACCU